AUGGCUAGUUACACGGAUUGCCCCCCAACACCAAGAGCUACCUAUACAGAUAUGCUACUUGGCUCAUCAACGCCAAAUGACAUCUGGAGAGAGAUCUUCUCUGAUCCUCUAACCCCAGAGGCCAAUUACAUGGAUUAUCCCCCGACACCACAAGCUACCUACACAGACCCCUUAACCUGUCCACCAACGCCAAACGCCACCACCCGGGAAAUGAUCCUAUCUGAUCCUCUUAUAUCAGAAACCGAGCAGCAAGGGACACCAAAGCCCACUAAACGCAACUCUAUCCUCGAAACACCAGCGGAAUUCCAACCCACCGACGGUUACGACAAUUGCAGGUAUAAUGACUAUCGAGAUAUCCAAUCCCAUGGUCAUCUUGAUGAUAAUGGAGAGAACCGAAAAUACCGCGAGGAAGAUGAUGACGAUAUUGUUUUUGUCGCUUGUCGGCCAUGCCCAUCCAACGACCCGGACUCUCCUGUCGUAUCCCCAAGGACUUCUAAGCUCGCUAAACGGUCAUUUACAAGCUAUGAGUCUCCUCAGAUAGCCACCUCCUCAACCCCAGCGAGGAGAGGGUCUCGGAGUCGGGAUGUUAUGACUGUAGAUUCCGAAACCAUUCUACAAAGGCUUGAGCUUAUCAUGGGCCGCUUAACGCAAGCGAAAGCCUGUACAUGGGAAAGCAUUUUGCGAGAGUUGGAUGUACCAGAAUCCGCCGAAGUCCAUUCGACAACCGCACAGGAACACAGCCCACCAAGAAGACCAUCGACAGCACAUGAAAAUGUGUUGACUAAUCCGAGGAAGCGUAAGCGUAGCGCAAAGUCAACUGAAUUUGACACAAUGAGAUUCAAAAAGAGAAAGACCCGUUUAGUCCGAACCCAAGAAGCAAGCUUCAAGCCGCUUAUUGUUAGCCAGCCGACUUGGUUUAACGCUAAGGGCCAACCCCAGACAUGGGAGUGUGUAUGGAACAACAAACGGAAGUGCUGGUUCAACAAGACAGGGCCUCCAGGUCAAAUGGACUGGAGUGGAGAGGAAUUCUUCUUGAUGCUAUCGGACACGACAGUUGAGGUCCGCCCUAACUUAGACUGGCUUCCAGUUUCAAUGCAGUGGCGGGAGGCAGAUGAGGAUGAGUAUGGGGUUUUUGAGGGAACCGACGCUCUUGGUGAUUGGACAUAUCAAGUCUCAUACGACGAAAUGUUUAAAAUGCUUCGCGAAGGGAUAACAGGGCAUGGUGUGGUAACAAAGUGGUAG